AUCUCACGGAUGUUGCCGCCCUCCUUCCUCUCUCUUUCUACUCUCUCUCUCUCUCUCUCUCUCUAUAUAUAUAUAUUAUAUUACUCCCAAGUCGCAAUUAGUCAUACCUAUAUAUAUAUAUAUAUGUAGGUGAAAGUAGAAAGCCAUUGAGAGAAAGAGAGAGCUUGGAGAGAGAUAGACAUCAUAUAUAGAAGAAGAAGAAGAAUGACUUCCUGGGUUAGAACAAUCACUUCUCCAUUCAGAAAAGCUUGUACUUUCUUCAAUCACCAGCAGCCCAGGGAUAAUAAGAAGUCUCAACAAGGGGAUGAGAAUCGUGUGAUGGAUCUGCAUGGUGAGGUGAUGGCAUGUGCUUAUGAGGAUGUUCAGGUGAUGUGGUCAAUUUUGGACAAGUCCAAAUCCGGAAGCUGCAACGUGAGCUCUUAGAUAUAUACAUACACAUAUACAUACAUAUAAUAGAGGAGGGAUCAAUCAAGUGACCAACACUAGUUCAAGGUGUAAGAGUCUGGUAGCUCCAUCAUAUUUCAAUAGAUUUGGAUCAACUACCUGGGUUUUUUACUUGUUUUGUAGAUGUAUCAUCUUUCAUUGUAUUAUGAUUUUUUUUUUUAGGGAAUCCCUAUGAUAAACGAAUAUCAUGGUGAGAUAUUUAAUCAAAUGGAAUUUUGUUUUUUUUUUUGUUUUUCAUUAUCAAUGUCAUACUUAAUUUUCUCUUUA